AUGGUAGUUGUUGGAGAUGGAAUAGAAAGAGCGGAAGCGAGCCGCUACCUCUACCUAGCGUGUGUGCUCGCUCCAAACUCAGCAAUGUUUUCCUCACCCCGGAGAGCAAAGCCUCACCUGUGGAUAUGUGUUCUCACUCUGGGGGUGUACUUGUCGUCCGUGCCCGUGUCGGCCAAGCCGGACAGCUUGAGAGAAGUGACGGACGGGAACUGGGAAGAGAUCCUGAGCGGAGAGUGGAUGAUUGAAUUCUACGCACCCUGGUGUCCGGCAUGCCAGCAGCUCCAGCCGGUCUGGAAGGAGUUUGCAGAUUGGGGGGAGGACAUGGGGGUCAACAUAGCCAAGGUGGACGUGACAGAACAACCCGGUCUGAGUGGGCGGUUCAUCAUCACUUCUCUUCCUACUAUUUAUCACUGCAAGGACGGCGUCUUCCGGAAAUACCAGGGAGCUCGCACUAAGGACGACUUCCUCAGCUUCGUGGACGGGCAGAAAUGGAAAGCAGUCGAACCCGUUUCCUCUUGGUUCGGCCCGUCUUCGUUUCUAAUGAACUCAAUGUCCGCUUUGUUCAAGCUCUCCAUGUUUAUUCGGCGCUGUCACAACUACAUGACGGAGCAGCUGGGGAUUCCUGUUUGGGGCUCGUAUGUCAUCUUCGGCCUGGCCACUCUGUUCUCUGGACUCGCUCUGGGCCUCUUGCUGGUGUUUAUCGCAGAUUUUGUCUUCCCCUCGAGGCGGUUUUCCUCUCCUGACUACUACCAGAAGAAGCAGACGAUGGAGCAGGCGAGGCUGAUCCAGCAGCAGGAGGACGCCCACGAGGCCGACGGCGAGGAUGACGACGACGAGGAGGAAGAGGAGGAAGACCCGGACGAGGUCUGGAAAAGACGGAGGGGGUCUCCGGAGGGCCGCCCGGAGCCCCGGGGACAGGGCUUCAGCGACGAAGCCCUGAGGAAGAGGGUGGUGGGCAAGCGCAAUGAGGAAGAGGAGGACGACGAAGAGGAGGACACCUAGAGAGCCGGCCCGGAGCUUCACAUGGCUCCUCUCGCCUUUUUGAUAAAGAGCGCCGCGGGAUCAGCACAGUUGGAGGAGCCGUGGAUCCUGAGCAGCAGUGUUUAGAGCACGGAGUUCAAAAUAUUCCUCCUCCUCCUCCUCCUCUUCCUCCUCUUCCUCCUCCCCUUGUUUCGUACCAGGAGUGACUCCUUCUGACUCACCGAAGCUCCGCGAGCAGCAGGCUCCACCCGGAACAACAACCACACUCCCGACACGCGUUUCCUCCCUGGAAAUGUGAGCUUUGCUCAUGAAAUGCAGUUCAGCUGGAGUUUUGCGACGCCGUUUAUGCUAUGCAUUGUUUUCGUUUGUUUUGUUUGUUUUAUGAAAAAUACGUGUGUUGUUCUAUUUCUAUCACGGAAUUGUUUAUACCAGGCUUGACGUGUUUUGUUGACGAAUGCUACUUUUUGGUGACUUCCAGGUUAUUUUGUGUUACGUAUGAAUCGCAGAGCGGUUACAGCGACACACACACACACACACACACACACACACACCGCUUUGAUUUGAAGCCGUUCGUUUUCCUCAGAAGUUGUUUUCAAAGUGAAGCAACAGGAUGAAACAUUUGAUCUGAAUUGUAAUAAAACCUCCAAUUCUAAAUUAAACACAUUAUGUAACCCUUAAGCACUUCAUUUAAAUUCAUCUGUACAUGUUGGAAACUCCUUGAUAGUACAGUAAAAGCAGAAUCCAGUGAUCAGCCAUAACAUUAUGUCCCUUGUCUGUCAGGCACUGAACAGUUUCUCCUUGCGGCUGACGAGUCCUUUGAAAAGAGCUUCCUGUGAGGUUGGCUGUGGUGGUCAGUGUCUAGAUUGGGCAUGUUUUUGGACACUCCUGUUCCCUUCGUAAUCCAAAAAUGCCUAAAACCUUCAAAACUGAAAGGAUCGACUGAAGAUAUUUUAUAUUCACUAAAUGAGGAUGAGGCUGGUGGUCAUAAUGUUUUGGCUGAUCAGUGUCAGACGGGACCCUGUUCACAGUAACAAUGAAGUCAGAAUACUUGAAGCUUUUGUGGUGUCUAAUUAAACAGGGUUUAAUCUGUAGCAUAGUGCUUUUGGUGCAGGAACCCGCCUGAAAACAUCACCCGGCGGAAAAGAGAAGAAAAAAAAAAUCCACUUUAAAUAAAUCGCCUGGUGAAUGUUGUUCUGUAGAUACUGUCUGUUCCCACGUUGUUCCAUCAACCCGAUAAUCGACGAAUGUGAUCUCUGAUUUUCUAAUGUUUACUAGUGAUUCUGCGAUGUGUUUAUUGCUGAUCCGGGGUGUGUGUGGCGAGGCCGGCCACUCCGGCGCUCACACCGGGGCUUCCUGGCACAUCUGUCCGGGGUUCGCCUCAGCGAGCCGUCGUUGGAUUUUGCUGUCAUGUUCGUUUUUGAACCACUUCCUGAGGGUCUUCUAUCUGCAUGAGUGCCGCUUCUUUCCUCUCCCUGGUGUCUCAUUGAAGAGUUCGGCGCUUUGAGAGGACCCUGGUACAGUUCUGUGUUGUAAAGCAAAAAAAAUAAAAUAAAAAGGACCUUUUUAUGUGCGGUUUGUCAGAGAGGUCAGUGUUUUAAUGCAAUUUCAGUUUUGUUUUUCACAAGGCCUAAAAUGAGUUGUAUCGACUUUGAUUUUAUUUUUAUAAUGCAUUUAUCCUCUGUAAAAGCUAAUCAACAGUUAUUUAGUUUUUUUGAUCUAUUUAUGGCUUGUAGCAUUCUCACUUUACCCCGAGCCGCCCGUGCUCCUCAUCGUUUCUUUAAAUAAAGGGUUAACUAUGAAAACCA